CCGAAUAUGAGUGAGGAAGCUAAGGAGAAAGCAGGCGGCGGGAAAGGAGCCCAUCGCAAGAAGAAAGGCAAAAAGUCUGAUAGUAAUGCCAGUUACCUGCGAGCUGCCCGGGCUGGGAACCUUGAAAAGGUUCUUGACUACCUCAAGACUGGGGUUGAGAUUAACAUUUGCAAUCAGAAUGGUCUGAACGCUCUUCAUCUGGCCUCAAAGGAGGGACACGUAGAGGUUGUCGCCGAGCUGCUGAAGCUUGGAGCCACAGUGGACGCAGCCACAAAGAAAGGAAACACUGCUCUGCACAUAUCCUCACUGGCUGGCCAGACGGAAGUCGUCAAAGAGCUUGUCAAUAAUGGAGCCAAUGUCAACGCACAAUCCCAGAAUGGCUUCACUCCCCUGUACAUGGCAGCCCAGGAAAAUCACCUGGAGGUGGUACGAUUCCUUUUGGAGAACAGCGCGAGCCAGAGUAUGGCCACUGAGGAUGGCUUCACCCCUCUGGCGGUGGCUCUCCAGCAGGGCCAUGACCAGGUGGUCUCCUUGCUACUGGAGAACGAUACAAAGGGCAAGGUACGCCUGCCUGCCCUGCACAUCGCUGCACGCAAGGACGACACCAAGGCCGCGGCCCUGCUCCUACAGAACGACCACAAUGCGGACGUUGAGUCCAAGAGUGGUUUCACGCCCCUCCACAUCGCAGCACAUUAUGGCAACAUUAACGUGGCCACGCUUUUGCUGAACCGAGGGGCUGCCGUGGACUUCAUGGCUCGGAAUGACAUCACGCCGCUUCAUGUGGCGGCAAAAAGGGGGAACAGUAACAUGGUGAAGCUGCUGCUGGACAGAGGAUCCAAAAUUGAUGCAAAAACAAAGGAUGGUCUGACACCUCUACACUGUGGGGCGAGGAGCGGGCACGAGCAGGUGGUAGAAAUCCUACUAGACCGAGGAGCUCCUAUCCUGUCCAAGACCAAGAACGGCCUGUCGCCGCUCCACAUGGCCACUCAGGGCGACCACCUGAACUGCGUCCAGCAGCUGCUCCAGCACGACGUGCCGGUGGACGACGUCACCAACGACUACCUGACGGCGCUGCACGUCGCCGCCCACUGCGGUCACUACAAGGUGGCCAAGCUCAUCGUGGACAAGAAGGCCAACCCGAAUGCCAAGGCUCUGAACGGUUUCACUCCACUUCACAUCGCCUGCAAGAAGAACAGAGUCAAAGUGAUGGAGCUGUUGCUUAAACACGGAGCGUCUAUCCAGGCUGUCACAGAGUCUGGUUUGACGCCCAUUCACGUGGCAGCCUUCAUGGGCCACGAGAACAUCGUUCACGCGCUGACACAUCACGGAGCAUCACCCAACACCACCAACGUACGAGGGGAGACCGCUCUCCACAUGGCAGCCAGGGCGGGCCAGGCAGAUGUAGUCCGAUACCUGCUGAAGAACGGAGCCAAGGUGGAGACCAAGUCCAAGGACGACCAGACAGCGUUGCACAUCUCCAGUCGGCUGGGGAAAGUCGACAUCGUCCAGCAGCUGCUGCAUUGCGGCGCCUCUGCCAACGCUGCCACCACCUCAGGCUACACCCCCCUUCACCUGGCUGCCCGAGAAGGACACCAAGACGUCGCCGCCAUGCUGCUGGAGAACGGGGCCUCGCUCUCUUCCUCGACUAAGAAAGGGUUCAGUCCUCUGCAUGUGGCAGCAAAGUACGGCAAGAUGGAGGUGGCCAGUUUGCUCCUACAGAAGAGAGCUGCGCCUGAUGCUGCGGGAAAGAGUGGGCUAACUCCACUGCAUGUAGCCGCUCACUACGAUAAUCAGAGAGUGGCACUGCUGCUGCUGGAUCAGGGAGCUUCCCCGCACGCUGCCGCCAAGAAUGGCUACACGCCGCUCCACAUCGCUGCCAAAAAGAACCAAAUGGACAUUGGGACCACGCUGCUGGAGUACGGCGCUGACACCAACGCAGUGACGCGGCAAGGCAUCAGCCCCAUUCACCUGGCAGCGCAGGAGGGCAGCGUGGACCUAGUGUCGCUGCUGCUGGCCAAGAACGCCAACGUCAACGUGUGCAAUAAGAGCGGACUUACACCACUUCACUUAGCAGCUCAGGAGGACAAGGUCAACGUUGCAGAAGUCCUUCUCAACCACGGGGCUGAUGUCAACCCACAAACAAAGAUGGGUUACACUCCGCUGCACGUGGCCUGUCACUACGGCAAUGCAAAGAUGGCAAACUUCCUGCUGCAGAACCAAGCCAGAGUCAACGGCAAAACCAAGAACGGGUACACUCCUCUACACCAGGCAGCUCAGCAGGGCCACACCCACAUCAUCAACCUGCUGCUUCAGCACGGGGCCUCGGCCAACGAGCUCACCGUGAACGGCAACACUGCCCUGUCCAUCGCCCGCCGUCUCGGGUACAUCUCGGUGGUGGACACACUGAGGCCUAUGACGGAUGAAAACCUGAACACCAUGAGUGCAUCAGAAAAACACAAAAUCAACGUCCCAGAGACCAUGAAUGAGUUCCUCGACAUGUCUGACGAUGAAGUCCAGGCCAAUGUGCCAGAAAUUCUCAGUGAGGACUCUUUUUCAGAUGAUGAUGAAGGUGAGGAUGCGAUGACCGGGGACACGGACAAAUACCUGCGGCCUCAGGACCUCAAAGAGCUGGGGGAUGACUCCCUCCCUCAGGAGGGGUACAUGGGCUUCAGCAUAGGAGCCCGCUCAGCCAGCCUCCGCUCCUUCAGUUCGGAUAGGUCCAACACACUCAACCGGAGCUCCUUCGCGCGGGACAGCAUGAUGAUUGAAGAGAUUCUGGCCCCCACAAAGGACACGCACCUCGCUGUGACCCGAGACUACAGUUCGGAGUGUAUGCGGCGCUACAGCUGGACCCCUGACACCAUGGACCACAGCCACAACACCGUGUCCAGCCCCAUCCACUCUGGCUUCUCCUCCCCGCUCCCUCAGUAUGACUCCAGGUUCUUGGUCAGCUUCAUGGUGGACGCCCGUGGGGGUUCCAUGAGAGGCAGCCGCCACAACGGCAUGCGCAUCAUCAUCCCUCCCAGGAAGUGCACAGCUCCCACGCGCAUCACCUGCCGCCUGGCCAAAAGGCACAAGCUGGCCUACCCCCCGCCCAUGGUGGAGGGAGAGGGGCUGGUCAGCCGGCUGGUGGAGGUCGGACCAGCCGGGGCUCAGUUCCUCGGCCCCGUGAUUGUGGAGAUCCCUCAUUUCGGUUCGAUGCGGGGCAAAGAGAGGGAGCUGAUUGUGUUGAGGAGCGACAAUGGCGACACGUGGAAGGAGCACCAGUCCGACGCCAGGCCAGAAGACCUCACUGAGCUGCUGGGUGGAAUGGAUGAAGAGCUGGACAGUCCUGCUGAGUUAGAGAAGAAGCGCAUUUGUCGCAUCGUCACCAGAGAUUUCCCGCAGUAUUUCGCUGUGGUGUCACGGAUCAAACAGGAGUCAAACCACAUGGGUCCUGACGGAGGCGUCCUGUCCAGCAGCACCGUGCCCAUGGUUCAGGCCUCGUUCCCACAGGGGGCGCUCACCAAGAGGAUCCGUGUUGGCCUGCAGGCCCAGCCUGUGCCAGAUGACAUGGCGAGGGCCGUCCUUGGCAACAGAGCCACCUUCAGCCCCAUUGUCACCGUGGAGCCAAGGAGGCGGAAGUUCCACAAGCCGAUCACCAUGACGAUCCCCGUCCCACCUAGAUCAGCAGAAGGCCAUCCCAGCGGCCACCGAGGCGACGCUGCACCAUGCCUGCGUCUGCUCUGCAGCAUCACAGGAGGGACGUCCCCUGCGCAGUGGGAGGACAUCACAGGAACCACACCUCUGUCCUUCGUGACCGACUGUGUCUCCUUCACCACAAAUGUGUCGGCCAGGUUCUGGCUCGCAGACUGUCACCAGAUUCCUGAGACGGUGAGUCUAGCGUCUCAGUUAUACCGGGAGCUGAUCUGCGUGCCGUACCUGGCCAAGUUUGUGGUGUUCGCCAAGAUGAACGACGCCAUCGAGGCUCGGCUGCGCUGCUUCUGCAUGACGGACGACAAGGUGGACAAGACGCUCGAGCAGCAGGAGAACUUUGAGGAAGUGGCCCGGAGCAAAGACAUCGAGGUUCUCGAGGGCAAGCCUAUCCAUGUGGACUGCUAUGGCAACCUGUCCCCUCUCGCCAAAAGUGGGCAGCAGUUGGUUUUUAACUUCUACUCCUUCAAGGAAAACAGACUUCCUUUCAAUGUGAAGAUCAGAGAUAUGGGACAGGAGCCAUGUGGCCGCCUCUCCUUCCUGAGAGAGCCAAAAACCACAAAAGGCCUUCCACAGACUGCCAUAUGCAAUUUGAAUAUUACACUGCCAACUCACAAGAAGGAUAUGGAGUCUGAUCCUGAUGAUGAGACUGAAAAGCCAGAACGACGUCAUACCUUUGCCUCCUUAGCUUUGCGUAAGCGCUACAGCUAUUUGACCGACCCAGCAGCGAGUCCCCAGAGUCCUUGUGAGAGAACCGAUUUGCGCAUGGCUAUCGUUGCAGAUCACCUGGGACUCAGUUGGACAGAGCUGGCUCGGGAGAUGAACUUCACAGUGGACGAGAUCAACCACAUCAGACUAGAGAACCCCAACUCUCUGACAGCACAGAGCUUCAUGCUCCUUAAGAAAUGGGUCAGUCGGGAAGGGAAGAACGCCACAACGGAUGCCUUAACUGCAGUGCUGACCAAAGUCAAUCGGAUGGAUAUUGUGACUUUGCUGGAGGGCCCGAUAUUUGACUAUGGUAACAUUUCAGGCACAAGAUGUUUUGCCGAUGAUAACGCUGUUUUCCGGGAUCAGGCUGAUGGUAAAGUUUAG